AUGGGGCUGAUAGGAUUGGUUCAAUGUACAAUGAUGUUGCCAACGCAAGUUGCUGAGAUGCAUUACUGGUUUUCAUUCCCGACGUCAUGGUUAUGUCGUGUGUCCGCAUACGUGUUCGGAUACACUGUUAUAGACUGCUAUUUUGUCCUCCUUUUGAUAGCAUUGGACAGGUUCCGGAAGGUAUGCCGGCCGUAUAAUUGGCAAAUUCAGCCAAAUACAGCAAGAACUUUAUGCAUUAUUGUAUCAAUCGCAUCCCUUAUAUUUGCAACGCCACCUGGGAUAGUCAGCGGGCAUCAUUCAUUCCAGACGUCAUAUAAUGACGUCAACAUCACCGUCACAGUGUGUGCUACUGACGAUAUAUAUAAAGACAGGGACUGGGCAAUAUAUUUUCUGCUUCUCUUUGGCGGCAUACCCGUCUCUAUAGUAAUUCUAGUCACGUGUAUUCUGUAUGGAAUUAUUCUGAAACAAUUUUACCACGGGCCCGCAUUUGCUCUUAAAAGUAUGUACAACACGUCGGCCAACGGCAUUCCAAUAGAUAAACAAACUGCUGAUAAAAAUGGAAAUCCUUUAGCUUUAUCAACUGAUAGCAUUAAUUCAUCACCUGCGAGAUUAGUUGAGUCUCCACAAACUCCUAAAAGAAAUUUAUCUGCUAAGGCGUCGCAGCUGCAAAAGGUAUUCACAGCUAUAAUUCCGGGAGGAGACAGUAUUAAAAGCACCAAAUCCACUUCCAGUGGUAAAUUAAGAACAAGUGGAUCUCAGCUCUCAAAGAAAGGUGUGCGUCGGAAACUCAUGCGUAAGACGUUGAUAGUGCUGAUAAUAACAAUAACGUGUAUAAUUGCUCUGAUAAUUACCUUUUGUUUACAUAUAAUAGCCGAAGACAUAAACAAUAACGUAAUGUCCAUUUCUACAGCAACGCUGAACGCAUUUGUGAUAUUCCAUCGAGGAAGCUUUUCCAUCAUUUGUGCUAUUUUUCCAAUUGUCUACGGAUUAAGGGAUCCAAAGUUUAGAGAAGCAUUUUUUGUUUUGAUAGGACGAUUUCACAAAAACAUGGAUGUUGCGAAAGAACAGGAGAAUACCCGUGACGAAUCAAAGUGUUAG